AUGGUAAACUUUCUCCUAGGACAACAAAGUGGUCACACCAAAUAUCCUUGCUUUUUGUGCCUGUGGGAUAGCAGAGGCAAAACACACCACUGGGUCAGAAAAGAGUGGCCUCAAAGAGAAAACAUGGACGUUGGGGAAAAGAAUGUCAUUAACAACCCCUUAGUUGCACGAGAAAAAAUCAUCUUUCAUCCACUGCAUAUCAAAAUGGACAAGUCAUCUCUGGGGCCAAGAAAGGUGCUUCGAGCGCCUGCUUUGAGAAGAGGCCGAGAAAUCAUUCCAAUAUCUGAUAGGGUGAAGCUUGAGAAGGUGCUAGGACUAACUGUGUCCUGCAAUGCAGCUUUUGACUGUGAUCCCAACAAUGGUAUUGUUGCUUAUCCUGCUGGGUGUGUUGUUGUUGUGUAUAAUAUUCGAAAAAACAAGCAAGGCCAUAUCCUUAGUAGCUCUAAAAAAACAAUCACCUCGCUCUCAUUUUCUUCAGAUGGCAAAUACUUGGCAACUGGAGAGUGUGGGCAUCAACCUCAUGUUAGAGUUUGGGAUGUUCAGGAGAGGAUACAGGUAGCAGAGUUUCAAGGUCAUAAGUAUGGGAUUAACUGUGUGGCUUUUUCUCCCAACCUAAAGUAUGUUGUUUCUGUUGGCUCUCAGCAUGACAUGAUUGUGAAUGUGUGGGACUGGAAAAGCAAUGUAAAAGUAGCCUCAAACAAAGUUUCAUGUAAGGUUAAAGCAUUAUCAUUUGCAUCAAAUGGAAAUUAUUUUGUUACUGUAGGAAAUAGACAUGUAAAGUUCUGGUAUCUGGAAUAUUCUCGCUCCACCAAAUAUAAAUUGGAACCUGUGCCAUUGAUGGGUCGAUCUGCUAUUUUGGGAGAUCAACGAAAUAAUUAUUUCUGUGAUGUAGCUUGUGGCAUAGGAGAUAUGGUAGAUAGUACUUAUGCUAUUACCAAAUCCGGUCUUCUUUGUGAAUUUAAUAGUCGUCGACUUCUAGACAAAUGGGUAGAAUUAAGAACAACUAGUGCCAACAGUAUUUCCGUAGGAGAAAAUUUAAUAAUUAUUGGGUGUGCUGAAGGUGUGAUAAGAUGUUUUAGUCCUUUUAAUCUAAAUUUUAUUUCUACACUGCCAAGACCUCAUCCUUUAGGAGUUGAUGUUGCUAAAGGUUUAGUUGGAAGCAAAUCUAUUGUAUCUCACCAAACCAAUGUUAAAUAUCCUGACACAAUAGCCAUUGCUUUAGAUGAGAUUAAUAAAAAGGUUACCUGUGUAUAUAAUGAUCAUAGUUUUUAUGUAUGGGACAUCAAGGACACAAAAAAAGUUGGAAAAUCUCAUUCAUUUAUGUACCACAGUGCUUGUAUUUGGGGAAUAGAGAUUUAUCCUGAACUGCCAGAAGGUUCCAAGUGCAUUCUUCCAAAGGAGACAUUUUUAACCUGUUCCAGUGAUGACACUAUUCGGUUUUGGAAUUUGGAACCAGUAAUCGAACAAGACACUUUGUACCAUAGAAAUAUUUAUAGUUCUGAAUUACUCAAAGUAUUGUACAUAGACCCUGAGCUUUCUUAUUUAUGUGAUACAGAUUUAAAUGCUAGUGGUAGUAAUGAUAAAGUUGACACAACCUAUGACGGCAAAAAUGGUGUCCGGUGCUUAAGGAUUGGUCCUGAUGGCAGACACUUAGCUUCAGGCGAUCGCUCUGGGAAUAUUCGCAUCCAUGAUUUAGAAUUUGUGGAAGAACUCUGCAAAAUAGAAGCUCAUGACUCUGAAGUUUUGUGCCUGGAGUAUUCAAAACCUGUUACUGUUGAUAGCGAAGAGAAAAGGUACCUUGCAUCUGCCAGUCGUGAUCGUCUUAUCCAUGUAUUUGAUGUCAAACAAGACUAUGCCUUCCAACAAACAUUAGAUGACCAUUCAUCUUCCAUUACAGCUGUUCGAUUUGUACAGAGUGAAAGCUUGCUUCAGAUGAUUUCUUGUGGUGCUGAUAAAUCUAUAAUAUUUAGAAAAGCUGCAUUUAAUCCACAGCUAUCUUUAAUUAGAGAACAUCAUGUGGUUGGUAAAACCACACUGUAUGAUAUGGAAGUUGAUGUACAACAACGGCAUAUUCUAACUGCUUGUCAAGAUCGAAACAUUCGAGUCUAUUCUGUGACAAAUGGAAAACAUGGUCGCUGUUUUAGAGGCUCUCAAGGAGAAGAUGGAACUCUAAUAAAGGUUGUGCUGGAUCCUUCUGGAACGUUUUUGGCAACUAGUUGUACAGAUAAGAGCUUAUAUUUAUAUGAUUAUAUCACUGGAGAAUGUUUAGCCACAAUGUUUGGUCAUUCAGAGCUUGUAACAGGACUGAAAUUUACAAACAAUGGAAGGCAUUUAAUCUCUGUGUCGGGUGAUGGAUGCAUUUUUCUCUGGCGAUUGCCAACAGAUGUUACCCAAACAAUGUUGAACAAGCAGCUGUCAGCGGAAAGCACUGGAGUGUCUAAUUUAUGGCAGGAUGUGAGAAAAAGCACUAUUGCCAUUACCAAACCUUUGCAACUCCUCGAGAAUACUACUAAUAGUAAAAUUACUGAGGAACCAGAUCUAGUCACUGCUAAUGCAGAAAUAGAAACUGCCCCACCUGGUUAUAGGUUCAGUGUUGGGCAGUUACCACUUUGGGCCAAAAAACAGAUGUUAGAAAAACUUCCUGAUCCAUCAAAUGCUAAUCAGAAUCUGCCACCCCCGAUUCCACCCCGUGGUAGAUGGGCACAACGAAUUGAUGGUCAAGGCUUGGUUGUUAGAUCCUAUUUAGAUUCCGAUUCUGUCAUUCCAUUUCCUAAUGUGCCAGGUAAGGGAAUAAAUAAACAGCAAAAAGAAAAAUAUUGAAAAUGAACUUGAACAAAUUACAAAAAUGGAAAAUUUGAAGUUUCUGAGCAAAGUAGAAAUGAAAUUUUAAAUGGAACUUGUAAUGAGGAAAUUAAUGGCAGAGUGACACUACGCCAUUCGUCAGAUUAUAACAGUUCUAGUAACAGAAGAGAAAAAGUCCGUCCCUUUUCUAAUUCAAGUAGUAUGAGAUUAGAAGAAAUAGAUGCUGAGGAUGAAAGAUCAGACUCUGAGAUCAGUGAAAUGAUUUUUUAUCCUGCUUCAGAAGAUGGAUCUGAUAUUGUUGAUGGGUCAUUCCAUGUUUGUGCAAGCAAUGAAGCCAAUGGCAAAGAAGGUGCUACCCAUUCUCAGAAGCCAAAACCAGAAAGACUUUUAAGUGAUGUACCAGUAAUUAGCACUCCAGAGCAUAAUGAAACAAACAGCGAUGAGGAAGAUGCAAGCACACCUGUUGACAGUGAUCGUUCAUUUCUCAGCUCCUUGUGUAUUAGUACGGAAAAUCUGGAAAGAUUGGGUCAGAGGGAAAAAUUCAUGAAAAGUACCUAUGAGAGCUUAGAAAAAACUGAUUCAAUUGAUUCUCAUGAUGCUGAUGAUAAAAGUCUAUAUCGUCAAAGUAUUUCUGCAAAAUUCCUUGCUGGUUCCCUUGUUCCUACUAAAAAAGCUCUUGUGAAUGGCAUUUCUAAGUCUCCAGGGAUUCCAGAAAGACAGAUAAAUACUCCUACGAAAAAAAGAGAACAAUUAUUGAAAGCUCUGAGUGAAGCUAGGAAAAAAUUAGAAACGGUUGGAUACAAAAGUGGCUUGAGUAGUAGCAAAAGUAUUGCAGAUUUACACAGUACGCCUGAUAGAGAAAUUUUUAAAACUCCAAAAUAUGGUACACCAGAUGCUGAUAUACGAAGAGCUUCUUCUAUGACUGAUCUCACAAUAAAUUCUCCCAACAAAAGGCGGUUGUUUUCAACUCCUGGGGAACAAAAUAAUGAAUCAGAUCUUGCUGCACCAUUGUGGAAUCAAAGCAAAAUAUAUCCUGUGGACACUUCGCCUCCACCUUCUCCAAAAAUAAAUAGCACUCACUCUGCUCAAAUCGGAUACCCAACUCCUAGAAAAACUGAAAAGACACUAUCUGAAACUAUGUCUCGUAGUAGUAGUGCACUUUCUCUUUAUCCUAAAACUGAAAAUUCAUCUUCAGCUCUACACAAAGCAUCCUCUGUUUUAUCUUUGGACAGAUCAUCACCUCAACGGUACUUAGCUGGAUCCGCCAUGUCAUUACUGUCAAAAAAUAUGUCCAAUACUCCUGGUCGUCCAAGUCUACCUUCAUUACCUUCCAGAUAUCAAACACCAAGCAUGGUGUCAACAGCACCUCUAGCAACUGAUUCUUCUUCAGACUCUUCCCCAACUGAAUCUCCUUCAGUAAAGAAUGGUCGUCCAAUCGCAUCUCCGAGACCUUUUGGCCCUCGGAACAGGUACUUUAGUUUGAGCGAAGCUUCUAAUCCUCCAGACUUAAAAGCACCAGUAUUACAGAACUCUAGUGAAGGUUUACAAAAGUUCCGACUAAAGUCACGCAGUGAAUGGGACCUCAAAAACAGUUUACUUGAUGAAAAUAUUAAAACCAAAGACUCCUCCCAAAGUAGCCGAUAUCUAUCCUAUUCACCUCGUAAGAACAUGCGCCCCUUAAAAUUACAUCAUUCUUCUUCAUCUGGAACGCUAUCUUCAUCAGAUAAUUUACGUCGCUCUUAUAGUGGAAAAGACUUAGCAGCUUCUGAACAGUUUCCUUUUUUAGCUUGGGACCCUGCUUCUGUUCCUUUGACACCAGAAGUAUGUGAAAACAUUGCUGAAAAUUUAUCUCGAGUAACAUCAUUUGCCAUGCAAGUGUUCCAAAGGGUCACAUUAACUACUGAUCUUCCAAGCGAGGAGAAAUCAGCAAUGACAAGUACUCUUGCUCAAGGUGUUUGGCAAGCUCAACAGACUCUCCGGCCAGCCAUCCCUCCCAUGAACCCACUGCCUUAUCCCAUGGAUAGCGUGAAUGACUUUAACUCCCGGAGACUUCCGGGUCUCCAUUUCUCUCAUUCAAAUGGGGAUAUUGGUGACUCAACCCAACCUAAAUAUUCCAAAUGGCCUUUCCAAUCUGGUCCUUCACAGCCCCAGCCCGAUAUCACUAUGGCACUCCUCCAACAAUAUUCAGAUAAACUGCUAAGCAUUGUGGAGCAGAAGAUGUCAAGUAGUCAAGAAAAGCCAAAUAAUUAAGUUUUAAAUUGUUUGUAUUAUAGUCUGAGAAUGCCUGAAACUUGGGUGUGAUAUAUGUGUGAUUUAGCUUUCUGUUGUAGAUUAUAUAUUUUAAUUUUUAUAUGUAAAUAGCAUAUUUCCCGUACCAAAAGAGUUUUCAUCUUCCCUUGAGAGAGAUCCCCUGUGCAACUCCUUAAAAAAGACUACGUAAAUUGGUUAUUUCUUUGCAGUCAGCUGUUUUAGUCAU